CUUGAAAGAGCAGCGCAGCACACCAGACAGAGGGAGGAAUAUCUGGCAAAAAUCGUACAGAGGGCCUCUUUUGACACUGUCUCUGGCUCCUGUAGUAGAUAGAAAAUGGUUGGUUUAAUUAGAUUUAUGCUGCAGAUCAUUUUUGGAAGUGCAGUGUUUUUCAGUAAACAGCUGUCCGCUACAACAGAGUAUGCCUGUAACCUGCGACUUUACAGAACAUGCAUUGUCCCACCUCCACCACCACCCUUUCCUCCAUUCAGUCGUAGGGAUGUGCUGAAGGUUAAUUUAACAGAGUAUCUAACUGGAACAAAAGGUGAAAAGGGAAAUAGAGGACCAAAGGGGCAGAAGGGGCAACCAGGUGAAAUAGGACCACAGGGAAGUCCAGGAGCUCCUGGUGUCAUUGGUCCACCAGGAGAGAAGGGAGAGAAAGGAGCAAGGGGAUGGAUGGGGGCUCCUGGUGAAGAUGGGAUGCCUGGGACAUAUGCAGGUGUUAAAGGACGUAAAGGUGCUAAGGGAGAGAAAGGAUUAAAAGGUGACCCGGGAGUGAUAGGUGAAAAGGGAACACCUGGCUACCCAGGUCCAAAAGGACAAAAGGGUGAGAUGGGUCCAAAGGGAUACACAGGACUAAGGGGCAUGGAUGGACUAAGAGGAGUUCCUGGAACAAGAGGCAAAAAAGGGACAAAAGGUAGUUUUGGAUGGCCAGGGCCUGUUGGCCAUGCAGGUGCAAUGGGAAAGCAAGGUGCAACAGGAGAACCUGGGGAACUAGGAAAAGUGUAUUUAAUACCUGGGCACAAAGGCGAGAAAGGGAUGAUGGGUCCAUCAUUAUGUAAUUGCUCCUGGACAAAUUCUAUUGAGCAAAAACCCACAACAAAUGCACAACACACAGCACUUGUAUCUCAGAUCUAUAUUGUGGACAAAGAAGAAGAUAUGUCAGAGUUUACAAAGGAAAAUAUGUUUGUUUUAAGAAGAGACACUCACACUCUUCACAUCUUCACAAGCUCUGAAUGGACUGGAGUGCAGGUGAGUAUGUUACUUGAAAUAUUUACUGACCGAACAUCAAAUCCCAAAUCCUAAAAAAAUGUUUUCUAUGUCUGCAGGGAUCUACAUCUUCACAGCUGAAUUAAGAGGACUUUUUCACCUUCGUCUUGCCUGCCACAGCAUCUUUUUAUAAAGUCUUGUUCAAAAAAACAAGAAAGAAAAAGUGAUUUGCUCUGGUAUUAGAUCAAGGGAGUCAUAAGAAAUGUAAGACACUACAUUAUUGCACAAACUAACAAUCAAAUUAAAAUAUCAACAUGUUUGUCUUUGUCCACUAUUCUAGCACCUUAAGAUAUGUAGUUAUGUUGUAACUGAAGUUUGGGGGGAGGAACAUGCUUGAAACUCCUCCUUCUUCCAAUCUAACGCCCUGUAAAUUCACAUCCUCACCUUCGUUCCUGUGACAAAAUGUUUGCAAUCCCCACCGCCACCCCAUCUCCUCCCUGUUUCUC